AUGGAUCCAUCGGAGAACUCCACAGACCACAACCCAGUCAUGGAGGGUGACGAGCUUCGCUUGAAGCAGACACUGGGGGUUGUGGUGGUCUUCAUCGUGGCGUACAUCCUCCUCUUCAUUAUCUGUGUGAUAGGCAACUCCUUAGUCUGUCUGGUCAUCGCCAACAUCCCCAGAAUGCGAACAGUAACAAAUUUCUUCAUCUUAAACCUUGCCGUGGGGGAUCUACUGGUGGGGAUCUUCAGCAUGCCAUUCACUCUGGCGGAUAACAUCAUAAUGGGAUGGCCGUUCGGUUACGUGAUGUGUAAGCUGUCAUCUCCUGUAACAGUCAUCUCUGCCGGCGCUUCCGUCUUCACGUUGAUUGCCAUUGCAGUAGACAGGUAA